AUGAUGUCUAUAGUAAGUAGUAGUCAAAAUAUUGGCACUACGGCUGGUAGUAGCAAGACGACAAACCAAAGCAGUUCAAACUCAAGUGGCAGCAUGAGCACGGGAGCAUCCGUCGCACAUGCGAUCGUGAGCUUAGCACAUACUGGAAACAAGAACUUGCAGGACCGUGUCCAUCAUUCAUGCAAGACGUUAACUCUCCAACCACAGGAAGCUAUAAGUCAAUUGAGGAAUCAUCAGCCAAGUAGCAAUGCAGCCAAUCAUGCUGCUGCGGUGCUCACUUCAGUAUCUCGCGUCGGAAAGCUUCCUGCAGCAGCGAAACCCGUCAAGAAACGAUCAACGAAAUCCAAAUGCUCGCCAGGAUUGCGUAGUGGAAAGUGGACACCAGAGGAGGAAGCGUUUACGAAUAUGAUCAUCCACUACUUUAAACGUGGGCUACUGGACGUUGAGGAUGGCACUUCACUGCGCUGGUAUCUUGCCAAGCGCUUGAAUUGCGAGGCCAUGCGUGUGACCAAGAAGCUCAAGGGUAACAGCUCGAUUGGUAAACAGGUAUUUCGUGCCAUAGAAAACAACCCCGCUAACCGCCAAGCCAUCCGACGCGCUCGUGAAGAGUUGUCUAUCGUCGAAGCUCGCUUCCUCGACUCGCUUAGCGCUGGAGGUGUUGGCCCAGGCUCGCAGCAUGUUAUAACUGCACCAUUGCCAUCUUCUCUCGCUGUGUCAGUCCUCGGUCGCAAGAUUCUACCGAACAUGAAGUUUACUGGUGGAUCGAACCAACCACCUUUGGCCCCUAUGCCCCAACCAAAGUCGGAAGAUGCAAGACUAUUGAUGCACUUCUUUUGUGAAGCGUACGACACAAACUCUGACGAGGAGCCGGAAGCUGAGAAGAAAGCCGAGCCAGGUAGUCUCAGCGUAGAUCUAAGCGGAAAACUUGGCAAGAAACGGCCGCUGUCAAGCGCAACUAACGCCAACGCGGCCAAGACACUGGACAAACACGAUUCCACUUCUCCUAAGGUAAAACGACAGGCGAUCAAGAUUCAGGACAUGACGGAAUGA